UUUGCGCGUGCGCAGAGAGGGUCAGUCAGGGUGCGCGGCUCUUACUCUAUCGUAGUGGCAGGGCAGAGGUUCCAAUCCCCGAGGGACGGUGGAAGAGGGUGCGGAGAAAAGGAUCCAGGGAAGAGCCCCGUAUUCUCCGGCGUCGCACCAUGACGGCCAACGAGGACCAGGAGAUGGAGUUAGAAGCAUUACGUUCAAUUUAUGAAGGUGAUGAAUGUUUCAGGGAACUUAGCCCAGUUUCUUUUCAAUAUAGGAUAGGUGAAAAUGGAGACCCUAAAGCCUUUCUAAUAGAAAUAUCAUGGCCAGAAACAUACCCUCUGACAGCUCCUGUCAUAUCUAUGGAUGCAUUUUUCAACAAUGCCAUAUCCUCAGCCAUAAAGCAAAGUAUAUUGGACAAAUUAAUGGAGGAAGUUGAAGUUAACCUUGGAACUUCUAUGACCUACACAAUUUUUGAAUAUGCCAAAGAUAACAAAGAGCUGUUCAUGGAAAACCAUCCUGUUAAUAUUGUGACAGCAUUGAACAAUUGCAUCUCAACUGGUCAGCCUGAUGCACCACAGUCAAGUAAGAAAAAAGAGAAAAAAGAACAUUUGACAAAAACACAAAAACGAAAGUUAGCGGACAAAACAGAUCAUAAAGGAGAGCUUCCUCGAGGAUGGAAUUGGGUUGAUGUAAUCAAGCAUCUAAGCAAAACGGGUUCCAAGGAUGAUGAAUAAGUGGACUUUUACAUUGAAAAUUUUCAAGUUUUAUUACAGCACAUUCUAGAGUCAACUGCACUUCUCUUUCCUCACUUACAUUUUAUAAAAUGACAGUUACACGUUUAAAUUUGUGAAAUGCACUCAACAGGAAGGACAUUUUUCUGGUGGUUAUUGCUUUCUUCAUGUCACUUGUUUGCCAUUAAGGAUGAUGCUGAAGAUAGCGGAGUUCUUUUUGGAUUCCAGCUGUCACGACAAUAUAAAAGUAUGUAAUUUUAAUGUACAUUGUGUCACGUUGUACUGAAUCAUGAAUGUCAUUGAUGGUAAAUCAUCUGAAGUAUACUUAAUUUAGGACUCAUAUCCUCUUACAAACCUAUUAAUGUGUUAUUUUUAUUAGGUACCCAAGCUUGUCUAAAGGUUUGGUAGUUUUAACUUAUUCUAUAUUUAAUUCUUGCAUAAUCAUUUCACUGUUAUUUCAAAUAAUGUUCAUUAUUCAUCCAGUAGUUGGGCGGAAAUACAUAACUGUGGGAGUACCCUAAUUGGUUAAAGUUACGAAAAAUGUGAAUUAGCUUGAAUUACAAUUUAAAAAAAUGUAUUUUACACCCACAUUCUCAGGUUUCUUUUCAGCAGGGUUAAAAAAGGACGAGUCUUCCAGCUACUACUCCAGCUCCUAACACUUCCAGCCAGCAUGUCUACAAAUGAUAGGAGUUUUACUCAAACACUAUCUGGAGGGCCAAACAUUGGCUACACCUACCAUGUACCAUGUCUUCCCUGUAUUAAUAUAGUCAUGACCCUUUGCACUUCACCAGUACAAGAGAAAGCCAAAUAAUACCACAUUACACAAAGGAUAACUGUGAAACACUUACAUCAAAUUCUAUGGCAACUAUUCAGUUAGUAUCACUUACAGCAGGUCAUAGCUGUAAGUGAUGCACAUUGGUGCAUUAGGGUUAUCGGACUAUGACCAAAAAAAGACAUUAUUAUGUACUGGAAUCUAUCACAGAGUAGUUCACAAACAAUGCACAAGUGGAGAGACUACAAUACCUUUGGCAUAAGCCUCCAUGGUGCAAGGAGCAGGAGUGUAGCAGCGGGGAUUGAGCUUCCCAGGAGCAAGAUUAUAAAGAUACUACUUCUUCUAGGACAAACACAAAAUUUAAAAAGGAGUGCUAUCUAACUGAGGUAGCUCUGAAGCUCGUAGCACAGUGAGCAAUCAUUAGCCACCUAGAAGAGUUGAAAUCUGUGUGCUCAGAGAUUUCUUGGAAUACUUCACAUAACCUGGAAUGCAUUGGGAACAAACAUUUGUUAAAGCAGAAAUAGUGCUUUCAGAAUCAUCCUAGGGAGACAAUGAAGUUAUGGCUUGCUUUUAAGGGGGCCCUGCAAACCAAACUUAUUUUGGAUCAAAAUGUGAGAGGGAACAGGAUUAGAAUCUGUACUUCCCUUGCUAGAACCCAACAUCUAGUCUCACAAGUGCAGCAGUAUGCCAAAGAAAGACCCAUUAAGUUGCCUUUCUGACCAGAUACAGACCAGCCUACAUAGAGCUGUAGCUUAGUGGAACAGCGUAGGUUUAGUUCACAUAAGAUGCCAAGUUCAGGCACUGCAAAAGAUUUCCAUGUAGCUUGGUUUAUGAUCACCCCAGGAUUAACGGGAGGGCGGGGGACAAAAAGACAGUUGCUUGGUGAACAUGUAAUUGUUUCAUGUUAUACCAAAUCAUGAAUGUCUUUGAUGGUAAAUCAUCUAACGUAUGCUUAAUUUAGGACUUAAUACUUAAAUUCCCCACAGGGCUUCUUGUGGUGGCUACCAUUUUGAAUAUUUCAGCUGCAGCCAGCAGGGGCAUCAUAGCUUAUUAUGUGUGAAUCCAGCAAGGUUGGUUGAUGGUUGGUCUAAGAAGCCACUCAGAAUCCAUAGGCUGAUUGUAGGGGAAGGAAAAACCACAAGCCCUAUCUACUGAUUAUCUCCCCUUUUAACCAAACCAUGGUAGCUCUUUUCCCAUGUGUUUGUCAACACAGAUGGAAGUUUAUAUGGUGUGAGCAUUGAUUUGACAGCAAACAAUCUCAUCUUAGUAUAAAACAUUGUUCUCAUUCACUCACCAUCAGCAAUGGAGCCUUAAAUAUAAUUAGACUUCUCUAUUAUUUUUAAAGAGGGAUAAUUAUAACUCUUGUCUGAAAGUUAAUGAUUUCCACAUCACAUCUUUACGGCUGCAAUCCUAAAUGCAGUAGAGAAUAAGCUCCAUUGAACACAAUUGAAGCUACUUCUGAGUAAACAUGCAGUGUUUCUGCUAUAUGAAGAAAUGAGUACCAACACACCAAUAUAUCUUCGCUAUUGAAAAUGAGUUCCUUGUAUUUCAUAUUGGUUCUUGUCAAAAGAUUGGUCCUUGUACCAGCUCUGGGUGCUAGCCAAACUUCAUUUAUUUCAGUUUCAGUUAUUUUCUUCCCUUAGAAAAAUACGAGUUGUCAGUGUUCCUGCAUUUGUUAAUAAGUAAAGGAAUGGAAGUAACCAUUCUACCAAGUGGGUAGGUAAGAUGGAAUUUGUAUAGAUGUGUUUUCUUGUAUCUGAAAGUUCUCUCUACUAGAUAAAUAGUGAUGGAACAUGAGAUGCCUUAAUGCCAUCUAUUUUUAUUGUUGCAGGGAAGGCUCUAAAUAAAUAUCUAUUUAUCUUC